UCUGAAUUGAGAUGCUUGGAUUCGGAUAAUCUAGACGAAAGGUUUCAAGGCAUGCAGUUGGUACGAUAGAAGGCAAUUAACACUGGCAACGAAGUCAAGAGACGUCUAUCAUCCAUGUCAGAACGACCCGACACCAAGCCAAUGCCUCUAUUCCGCGGAGUUGAUACCAUUGAUGGCCAAAGUGAGGACGAAGAGGAAAAACCUUCGCCAUUUCUCGCGACGCGACAUAUUGUGUUUUACAACCCCAAAUCCCGCUGUCGAGAUCUGGUGCUGCUCGUAAUGGUGCCGUAGGGGAUGACGAUGGAUAACUUUCGAGCCAUGCAAUUGAAUGACAAUGCCAAUGAGGCCACUAUCGAGUAUGAGAUAGAUAGUGAAUGGGCCAGUAUGAGUAACCACCAUCCUGCAAACGAUAAGGACGGAGCCUGGCGCGAUAUAUUUCAGGCUCAUGUGUACGUGGACAAUGAGAUGGCUCGGAGCUCUUCGGAAGUAGAUGCACCUAUAUGGUGCUCAAUGAGGAUUGAUCUCCCAUUCGCCGUAUACACACGCCCGGAGCACUACAAAACUCAGGAGAUGAAGAAAGGUGGUGUUGUUUAUGCUGUUGCUUGGACUUUGAUGGAAGCUGUAGUCAUCGUGUCAACCAGCAACCGGGAGGAACGACUCAUGCUUUCGGUGACAUGAAACAUACUCUGCUUCCUCUCUAGCGCAGAUGUAAGCGAGUAGGAGUUUGGUAUAAAAAACCAAGUCGCAACGGGUGUUUGGGUUCUCGCCUUUGCUGAUAGAUAUUCAUAUAUUGGAGAUGUAUUUUGUUUAGACUCUGCUUUGCUUAGUAGGCGUGACAUUUUGAUGUGCGUGUCGAUAUAAAUACAGUGCUGAUUUGUAACCACAUAAACGUAGAGGUAUCGAGAUAUCAUAAAUACAUACGUCAUUCAAAGGCACUGCAUAUGGCAAACCUUGCCGUGCUAACCGAAGUACUCUGACACAAAUUGAGCUCUCCGCGCAACACUAAGGUAUGUUUUUUUAUACUUUUAUAUGAAAAUCAAGCUGUGAAUGUUAUCAAAGUCACAGGAAAUCACCCUUUGAACAUGUACACUUUCAAUUGUUGUCGCGUUCCCUAUAUAAAUAUAUGCUGGUAUAUCAUAGUGUUUGAGGUUUCAAUCUUUGCGGCGAAUGAAUAUGUAUACACCUAGACUGACAGCCAUAUGUUUGAACGUGCAGUUCGUAGUGCACAUAUAGCUAAGUGUGCAUAGUGUGUUGGAGAGCUUAUCUAGUAUUAUGCUUACUGAAAUCGCAUGCACGCUCCAUCGGCUAUGCAUCUCUAGUAGU